AUGUUGAGCGUCAAUCCAAGCGUGGAGGACAUCCACAAAUACGUGUCUCGGCAGCAGCGAACGUCGCAAAUCAACCCGAACCACUCCUCCACCAACAUCUUUCAAAUCAAUCACCCGCGAGCUCUGCGAGCGCCCCACGCGGGCCACUUUGUGCCCAUCACGCCGCCGCUGUCAAACUCGCCGACCCCGAUCACGGAUAAGCGGGACUACUUCUCCGUCCCACGCGGGCUCCACCCCUCGUGGUACCGCAAAUGGGCCCCUGACAUCAACUGGGAGGUUGUGGUCUUGUGCGGCUUCUGGUACGCGUUCUCCAUCGUGUCGUCCAACUCGACAAAGGCCAUCUUGUCCCGCUUCCUGUACCCCGUCACGCUCACACAAUUUCAGUUUGUGCUCAACGCGUUGCUCUGCGCCGUGCUUUUUGCCUGGUUGGCGGCAGCCCCCAAAUUCGCCCGCUUGUUCCCGCUAGGCUCCGUGCCUCGGUUGGACGAACUUGACCACUCGCUCAUCAAGUUCCUCACGCCAACAGCAUCCAUCAUUUCCACCACCUUGCCCAUGGGAAUUUUCCAGUUUGUGGGCCACAUCACCAGCCACAAGGCCACCUCGGUCAUCCCCGUGUCCCUAGUCCACACCGUCAAGGCGUUAUCGCCCAUCACAACAAUCUUGAUUUAUAAGGUCGUUUACAAGGUUAAGUUCAAAAACGUGACGUAUGUAACUUUGAUUCCGUUGAUGCUGGGCAUCAUGCUCACGUGUUACAAGCCCAGAACGGCGUUGGUCUCAGUGGACGAUGGUUACCUAGGGGGCUUGAUGUACGCAUUCGUUUCCAUGUUCAUUUUCGUUUCGCAGAACAUCUUCGCCAAAAAGAGAUUGACCUACACCGCCCCGGAGGAGCCCAAGUCAGAAUCCCUCCCGGUGUUCGAGAAAGGCGAAGAGAAGAAGUUGGACAAGUUGACGAUUUUGUUGUUCUGUUCGCUCACUGGUUUCUUGUUCACAAUGCCCGUGUACCUCAUUUCCGAACUCCAGAAUGAGGUGUUCUCAUUGACGCAAGUGUCGUCCAGCUUGAUGUGCCUAGUGGUGUUGAACGGGUUUUCUCACUUCAUGCAAUCGCUCUUGGCGUUCCUGCUUCUCGGAACCAUUUCCACCGUAAACUAUUCCAUCGCCAACAUCAUGAAGAGGAUCAUGGUUAUCAUUUUUGCCUUCAUCUGGGAAGCCAGCUUCAGUUUCACCGGCACACAGAGCUACGGAAUUGUUCUCACUGCUUUUGGUCUCUACGCCUACGACAAAUGGGGGAUCGAGCGGAAAAAAACGCGUCCUGUUUAG